CAGAAGUACUUCCUGUUAGUUGGUUUAUUCAUACGUGCGUAGUGCGUCUUCUGUGUUUACACCGCAGUUAACUUAAAAGUACUGCAAUACCAUGCCCAAAAUGUACUAGUUCUUUGAAAGCUGUUCACUUCUUCUCUGAAAACAAAGUGAAGUCGAGGUGGGUUGACAAGCUAAGCUACUAACAAGGUAGUUUUACCUUGCUAGCUAGCUAGCUGAGUUACCAGGUUCCGAAGACAACUGUCACAGCUAGUCAGGUAGCAGGGUUAGUCGAACUUUUUUGACUAUGGGCUCCUCAAAGAAACACAAGGAAAAGGACCGUGAUAGGGAUGGCGAGGAGAAGCACCGGGAACACAAGAAACACCGUCACAAGGAUCGCGAAAGGGACAAGGAACGCGACGGCAACCGCGACAAAGAGAAGAGAAAGAGAUCACGGUCGCGAGAGAGAAGUAGCCGUGGAGAAAAGGAGAGUCGCAAAGGUGACAAAAGUACCGGAGAGCCACGAGUAAAGAAGGAGAAAUUAGACCCCGGAUAUGAGCAAACUACUGAAAUUACGCCACAAUCUGCAAGUGGGGAUGCCUCGCUUAGUAUUGAGGAGACGAACAAGUUGAGAGCCAAACUUGGCCUGAAGCCCCUUGAACUGAAUGAGGAGAAGAAAGAGCUAGGCACCAAGGAGGAUCCGAAGGUGGCGGAGACCAUCAACCCCAUCACCAUCAGCAAGCAGAAGGACAUGCGGGAGAAGCUGGCCGCCAUGAAGGAGAAGCGCCUCCUCAACCAGAAACUCGGGAAGGUGAAGACUCUUGGUGAAGAGGAGCCGUGGCUAGACGAUACAGCAGCCUGGGUGGAGAGGAGCCGCAAGAUGGCCAAGGAGAAGGAGAUGGCUGACAAGCGGGCCAAGCUGCUGGAGGAGAUGGAUGAGGAGUUUGGCGUGAGCAGUCUGGUGGACCAGGAGUUUUCCCAGGGCAAAUCGGCUGCCUACACUGCCCGGGAUCUCAAAGGCUUGACAGUCCAGCACAAGAUCGAGUCCUUCAAAGAAGGACAGACGGUUAUCCUUACACUUCAGGACAAAGGCGUGCUGGAUGAGGAGGGCGACACGCUGGUGAAUGUGAACAUGGUGGACCGGGAGAAGGCCGACAAGAACGUGGAGCUGAAGAAGAAGAAGCCAGAGUACAAGCCCUACGACGAGGAGGAGUCCGUGGACGACAUGGCCAUGUUCAAGCCAAAGAACGUGCUGGCCAAGUACGACGAGGAGAUCGACGGUGAGAAGAAGAAGAGUUUCCGCCUGAACGCGGGGGGCUGCGCUGAGGGGGAUCGGGAGAGGGAGCUCCAGGCCAUCAGGGAGGCCCUACGCAGCGGAGCCCAGAGCCUGCAGAUGCCAGCCCUCACUAUAGCCUCAGAGUACUACACAGAGCAGGAGAUGGUGGGCUUCAAGAAGACCAAGAGGAGGGUGAAGAAGAUCAGGAAGAAGGAGAAGGCCCCUGCUGAAGACCUCUUGGACGACACGCGCAGCUCCGACUUCGGAUCAAGGGCUCGUGGCCGUGGGCGUCGUCAGGAAGAGGAAGAGGAGGGGCUUGAGGAAGGGGCGGAUCCCUCCGAGGAGCCUAGUGGUAGCGGCAGCAGCAGCAGCAGGCGGGUGGCCGUCGACGUCCCGAGGCAGUCUGAUGACGUCAGGGUGGCCGACAUGGACAUGAGUGAUGACGAGGACGCGGGUCAGUUCGAUGGGGCGAUGCUGGAGGAGGAGGAGAUUGAACAGGAGCUUCAGAAGCAGCUGGAGAAACAGAGGAAACUCAAACAGAAACAACACCAACAGCUGAUCAGAGACUCAGCUGAGAAGGUGGCGGAGCGUCUGCGUGGUGUGGGUGGUGGGUUGGAGGACGGGGACGCUGACCAACACAACAACAUCGUCUUCAACGCCACCUCAGAAUUCUGCCGCACGCUGGGAGAUAUCCCCACCUACGGCUUAUCUGGCAACCGAGAGGACCAGGAAGACAUUAUGGACUUUGAGCAGGAGGAUGAGCGCGAGGGAGGAGGUGGCUCUGAGUCGGAGACGGAUGAGAAUGCCGGGUGGAGCACAGUCAACCUGGACGAGGAACAGAAGCAGGCUGACUUUGGCACGGCCUCCACCACCAUCUUGGACGAGGAGCCCAUCGUCAACUCAGGCCUGGCUGCGGCUCUGCUGCUCUGCAAGAACAAAGGUCUCCUGGAUACCCAGAUGCAGAAGGUGUCGAGGGUGAACCGCCCCAAGGUCGUCAUCCACGAUGACAACUACUGCAUUGAGGACAAGAUGAUGAUAGACGACAAGUACAGCCGUCGUGAGGAGUACCGCGGCUUCACACAGGACUUCAAGGAGAAGGACGCCUACAAGCCUGACGUCAAGAUCGAAUACGUGGACGAGUCUGGACGCAGGCUGACGCCCAAAGAGGCCUUCCGGCAGCUGUCCCAUCGUUUCCAUGGUAAAGGCUCUGGGAAGAUGAAGACGGAGAAGAGGAUGAAGAAGCUGGAGGAGGAAGCGCUCCUGAAGAAGAUGAGCAGUAGUGACACCCCUCUGGGCACCGUGGCCCUGCUGCAGGAGAAGCAGAAAUCUCAGAAGACGCCAUACAUCGUACUCAGCGGCAGCGGCAAGAGCAUGAACGCAAAUACCAUUACCAAGUAACAGCUACCUACUGUGCUUACCAAAUGGAAGAAGACCGCAGCAACACACACACACACACACACACACACACACACACACACACACACACACACACACACACACACACACACACACCUAUAUUUUAUCCCAGUCCAUCUAUAACUUGUAUGUACAGAAUAUGUGUUAACAUACAUAUGUGUAAACACAUACACAUCCACCAUUUAAAUUUUAAUUGGACAAAUGUAGUUGUACAGAACAUUCGGUUUUGGCUUUGUUUAGAAUCACUGACAGUAGGUAAAUUGAACGUGCUUUGUCUUUACAAUUCCUCGCAUUGUAUUCAUGGUUUUGUUUUGUGGCUUUUUAGUUCUGUAAAUGAGAUUUGGAAAAAUAAAAUUAAACACGAAACUAUUACCAACUACAACAAA